AUGCCGCCCCCCAGGACCCCCAGGACCCCCUUCCACAUCGAAGCGAUCCUGGCCGCCCCCCCCCGGCCCGUCCCCGCCGCCCCCUGCCCGCAGCCCCCGAGCUGGCCGGGGCCGGGGGCGCUGCCGGGGGCUUGGGGCUGGGGCUGGGGCUGGAGCUGGGGAGGCAGCGGCGCAGGUCUGGAGUUGUCUCACUGCGUAGGGACCGAUCCCCUGGGCCCCUCUGGGCCCUGGAGGUCCGGGGGCCCCUGCAAGAUGAAGAGGGUCCGCACGGUCUUCAAACCAGAGCAGCUGGAGCGGCUGGAGCAGGAGUUCCUCAAGCAGCAGUACAUGGUGGGCACGGAGCGGGUCGACCUGGCUGCAACUCUGCAUCUCACGGAGACUCAGGUGAAGGUCUGGUUCCAGAACCGGCGGAUCAAAUGGAGGAAGCAGAGCAUGGAGCAGAAGAAGGCAAAGCUGGCGCAGUUCGGGGUGAUGCAGCCUGCCUCCGCAGACUCGACGGACGUCAAGGACCACGAGGAGGACACCGUGGACGUUGAGCUUUGAGCAGCUGGUGGGAUUCAGCUGCCACUGUUGUUUUUGCAGCCGUGCCUGCAUGAUAGAAGUGUGCUGGGGAUGCAAGCAAUUUUGUGCUUGCUUGGUCCAAGCUAGACUUAAAUCUCUCAGUCUGAGAGAACCGCA